AGCCUCCCCACGUCAGCCCCCACUCCCAUACUUCCUGGGAGCUCUUGGGCAGGAAAUGCGCCACCCCAAGUCCUGCUCUGACAGCUUAGGGGGACCACAGGUGCAAAGGAAACCACCUUCCCCUCCCUCAUCCUCCUCUGCACCCCAAUGUCUUUCAGGCGCCUUCUCAUCAUGCCAGCUCUGACCCCUUUUCUACGCAUUCUCCCAUCUAAGGCCCAGGGAUCCCCAACCUGGACCCCUGCCUACUCUCUUGUCUCCACUGGGCCCCCAGAUUCUCAGUUUCUCAUCACUGGGGUAGGAACAGGGACAGGGUGGGGCAGGAUGCAAGGGUGGGUGGGUGGAGCUAAGGCCCACUUCCUUUCCCCUUGGGGCGCAGGCUGCUCCAGUUGAGCAGAAGCCUCUGGAGGUACUGAGCAGGAGUGGCUGGCCCAGCCCUGCCUUACCAAUUGAGCUGGUCCUCACUCCUGCUUCUACCGGCCACCUUGGAAAUGGCUCUGCUCUUCCUCCUCUUCUGGGCCUCCGUGCUGAGCCUGCAGACUCCAGUAACUUUGUCCAGACCUGCUCCAGGAGAGCCUCCUUCUUUCGACUCAGAUGAUUCUAAGAACCAGGGUCUCUCAGUCAACUCCACUGGACCACCGGCAGGAGACCCUAAGGAUGCUAACAGCACCGGGAGCCAGAUCUCAGCUGCACCCCCCUUGAUGCCUUCUGGAACCAGUGAGCUGCUUCUUCCAGUGAUUUCCAUCGGUGCCGCACCUGAGUCAACAACCACCCAGGAGCCUUUGCCUUCGCUUCUCCCAGAAACCUCUAAUGCAACCAGCAGCCAUGAUGUCCCCAUAGCAGAGAAUACACUGGAAUACACUGCUGUGACAGGUGGAAUGAUGACGUCUAAUUUUCAGGAAACUUCCCAUGGUACCAGUGAACCCUCCGUCACCACAGCAACAAACUUUCUGGAGCCUUCUAAUGAGACUAGUGGAUUCCCUGUUACCGUGGCAACCAGAUCUUUGGAACCUUCCAAUAAGAUGGAUGGACCCCCUGUUACCGUGGCAACCAGGUCUCUGAAGCCCUCCAAUGAGACCUCUGUUACCAUGGUAACCAGAUCUCUGGAGCCCUCCAGUGGACCCUCUGUUACCAUGGCAACCGGAGCUCUGGAGCCCUCCAGUGAGACCAGUGGACUCUCUGUCACUAUAGCAACUAGCUCUCUUAAGGUCCCUACUGUGGCCAGCCACACCCCAGUCUCUAACAGGGGAUUAUCUGUGGCGACUACUCCAAAGCCGCAGUCAGACACAAGCUUGAGUCCCCCCCUCACUGCAGGCCAGAGGUCCCAUGGUAGGUUGCUGGUGCCUGUGCUUGUGGCGCUGCUGGUGGUUCUAGUCCUCCUGGCCCUGCUUCUGCUGUGGCGCCAGAGGCAGAAGAAGAGGACUGGGGUCCUGACGCUAAACAGAGGUGGAAAGCGCAAUGGGGUGGUGGAUGCUUGGGCUGGGCCAGCCCAGGUCCCUGAUGAGGAGGCCAUGACAGCUAUAGUGGGAGAGUCUAGGGCUGACAAAGGCUCUGGGGUCCCUGAGACAGAAGGGUCUGGCCAGAGGCUUCCCCUCACCACUUUCUUUGGCAGACGCAAGUCUCACCAGGGAUCCUUAGCCCUGGAGGAGCUAAAGCCUGGGUCAGGCCCCAGCCUGAAAGGAGAGGAAGAGCCACUGGUGGGCAGCGAGGAUGAGUCUGUAGAAGCCCCCACUUCCAGUGGGCCAGAAGUAGGGGAUGGAGCUGAUUGUAAAUAAUGGAGGCGUUUGAAGCCUGGUGCUGGUAGCUCAUGCCUAUAAUCCUAGCUACU